GCACUGGCUCACGGACCUGCCUCAGAACUGCUGUCAGGAAAGCAAGAAAUCUUGUUUGCUCUUCCCCUUCUUAGCUUCUGGUGGGGCUCAGACCGGAGUUGAGGAGCUGGCAGAUUUGAAAAUGAACCCCACGGAUAUAGCAGACACCACCCUGGAUGAAAGCGUCUAUAGCAAUUACUAUCUCUAUGAAAACAUCCCCAAGCCUUGCACCAAAGAAGGCAUCAAAGCGUUUGGGGAGCUCUUCCUGCCCCCUCUCUACUACUUGGUCUUUCUGUUUGGUCUCCUUGGAAAUUCUGUGGUGGUGCUAGUCCUGUUCAAGUACAAAAGGCUUAAGUCCAUGACUGAUGUGUACCUGCUCAACCUUGCCAUCUCGGACCUGCUCUUCGUGCUCUCCCUCCCUUUCUGGGGCUACUAUGCUGCAGACCAGUGGGUUUUUGGACUCGGUCUCUGCAAGAUCAUUUCCUGGAUGUACUUGGUGGGUUUUUACAGUGGCAUCUUCUUCAUCAUGCUCAUGAGCAUUGACAGAUACCUGGCGAUUGUGCAUGCGGUGUUCUCCCUGAGAGCGAGGACCUUGACUUAUGGGGUCAUCACCAGCUUGGCCACGUGGUCUGUGGCUGUACUGGCCUCCCUUCCAGGCCUUUUAUUCAGCACGUGUUAUACCGAGCGCAACCACACCUACUGCAAAACCAAGUACUCUCUCAACUCCACAAGGUGGAAGGUGCUGAGCUCUCUGGAGAUCAACAUUCUCGGAUUGGUGGUUCCCUUGGGCACCAUGUUGUUCUGCUACUCCAUGAUCAUCAGGACACUGCAGCACUGCAAAAAUGAGAAGAAGAGCAAGGCGGUGAGGAUGGUCUUUGCUGUGGUGGCCCUCUUCCUGGGGUUCUGGGCACCUUACAAUGUGGUGCUUUUCCUGGAGACACUGGUGGAGCUGGGCGUCCUUCAGGACUGCACCUUUGAAAGGCACCUGGACUACGCCAUUCAGGCCACAGAGACCCUGGCUUUCGUUCACUGCUGCCUUAAUCCAGUCAUCUACUUUUUCCUCGGGGAGAAAUUCCGCAAGUACAUCGUACAGCUCUUCAAAACCUGCAGGGGGCCGUUCAUGCGCUGCCAAUACUGUAGGCUCCUCCAGCUCUACGCCCCUGACACUCCCAGCUCCUCCUACACGCAGUCCACCGGGGAUCACGAUCUCCAUGAUGCCCUGUGAAAAACAAAGAGGCAAAAGAUGGAGUUGAGCUUCCCAGAGUUAAGAGCUUGAAACUGUAUUAUAGUAAGAAUUCCUGAGCAAGUGGCAGGAAGAAGACUUACAUCCACGGCAGAGCAUGGGCUCCUCACCCCACAGUCAGCUUUUCCUCUUGCCACAUGCGAGUUCAGCGCAGCAAGAGCUCCGUGGGGCUGUGGCUGCGGCAGCUCUCCUCUCCCAGGAGUGCCUGCCUGCGGCAUGAGUAAACUGAAGGAGAAUUCUAAGCAGCUUUUCAGUGAGGCUAUACAUAAUACUGUAAGGGAAGGACUGUUCAUUCCCUUCUACCUGAACGGAGGGUGUUGUCCAGGAGGAACUGUGGAAUCAAUCGCUGCUCCUUCCUGCUUGCUCCUUUCAUGAACUUCUAGCUUUUGUGGAACAAUAUAGACAACUUUGACAUGCUGUCCUAGAGUUUUUCUAAUAAUAUAUCCGAAGCAUGGUAUAUUUCCGGAAGCCAGGUGCACACAGGAACAAAGAGCGAAGUAAUGAACCUGGACCUUGAGUCUUCUAUUUUGAAGGAUGAUUUGUUAAUGGAAGCCACACUUUUGAUGCCGAUGACAAGUGUAAGGAUGUGAAGGCAUAGCACGGUCUGAUUUCCAAACAUGAAAUACAAGGCAUUAAAAAAAUCCAAACACGUUUGUGGAAAUUCAAACACACUUUCAUAUGGUCGUGAGCAUGUUUUGUUUCAAUUACAACAGACGAAUAUUCAAAUUUCACAAAUAAUAUACAUGUGCGGAUAUAUUUAUGUAGGGUCUCUCACCUGUGUACAAACAGAGCCUUCGAAACUGAAAAUAGCCAGGGCGAUUAAAGUAUGACAGUGCUUCCUCAAGAAGUUCGAAGUGCCUCUUAUCAGGCAAGGCAAUAAUAAUCAACCAACAGUAACUACUGAUGUGGCAUAAACAGGACCAUCACAAAAUUAUGAAGUUGUGAAAAUGUCAUCCUCUCUUUUAAAACAUUGGCCACCUUUUUAACUGUGGGAUGACUCAAAAUUUCAGCCAGUCAUUUCUUACAUGCUAAUCAUGUAAUUAAUUGUUUGACACCAUUAAAAUAAAUCUUUGUUCUUAUAGCCUUAAUCAGAAUAAAGUAAAGACUUUAAUCAAGUCGGGAGAGACCUGUAAUCCCUCCCCUGAAAAAACCUGUCUUGCAAACUAUUUUUUUUUUUGUCUUGCAAACUAUUAACCGAGUUAUCUGUUUCAAAUGCUUCUGUAAGUUUACACAUUAUCACAUGCUCUAUGCUUAUAAAGGAUGCAUUUCCAGAAA